AUGGCUGCAUGCAUCACAAAGGUUUCGAGAUCCUUCCAGCACCAUUAUUGUCACAACGCGUCCCAAAAUCUUUUAGAAACCCCGCCAUCGCACAAAAAGAAAAUAGGAGCCAAGGCCAGCGUGAUGCGGAUGCGAAGAAGAUUCCGCUUCUCAUUUUCAUUUUCCGUCUCGGUACGCAGCGACUUCACAGAUCCAGUUCAAACACACAGAGUGGGUAACAGGGAAGUUGAGUGGCGAUGCGGACUCUCCAAUGCAAUGUCGCAAAAAAAAAAAAAAAACGCGGGAAUAAGGUUUUUUCAUGGACGGACACAUCUCGCAACAGCGUCCCGAACGACCUCCGCGGAAACAAAGCGCGUGCCGGAAAGAAAAGAACCCCAAAACCCUGCCGAGGAGCGCGGAAACCCACCCACCGGCCUCGCGCUUCCGCUUCGCGCCCCCGCGGCCGACGCGAAAUUAUCUUGCGUAACGGGGCGCCGAAAGGGCGCAACUACAGGGGGCCUUUUGGCCGGGUUCUUGGGGUGGCGGGUUUUUUUCAUCAGGGGAGCGCCGCUCCCAAAAAAAGGAGACGGAGGGGAGGGGGCGCGGCCAAAGAAGCUUAUCUUCCAUUUUUCUCAUCUUUUUUCUUAUAUUUUGCAAUUCUCAUGCGGUUUUGCCGUUAAGUUUUUUUUCUACGCCUUUUUUUUUAGCAACACGAAAAUAAAGGGGGUAAUGGAGGUCUAUUUGGAUGCAACGGAGUGUUACUUGAAGAAUUCACUCUGUUUUUAUCCGAGUCUUAACAUCUUUGUUUCUUGGAGUGUUCUUAUUGGGGUCCAUGUUGGAUAUAUUGUUUUGGUAAUUAUUCUAAGAAAAUGGAUGCAACGCCGGGCAGCUCUAAAUACGAAUAAAAUAAUGAUUAUCUACAAUGUUACUCAGAUUUCUAUUUCGGCUAUCAUGGCAAUGUCUCUUGCACCACAUCUUAAAAAGGGUUUAUUCAAUCUUAACGGUCGUUUUUCCGCUAAUAUUGAAUUUUGGAUAUUCGUUCAUUACUGUAGCAAGUUCUUGGACAUGUUUGAUACAGUAUUAAUGAUUUUUAGAAAAAAGAAUGAACAACUGUCAUUUCUUCACAUUUAUCAUCACGCCACAAUUGGGUUUAUCUGGGGCCUUCUUUUAAGGAACGGCAUUGGUAACGGGACCGCUUUCUUUGGAGCAUGGGUGAAUUCAGCCGUUCACUUUUUAAUGUAUUCCCAUUAUCUAUGGACAUCUUUGGGUUUUAGAAAUCCCUUAAAAUCUACUCUUACUAAAAUCCAAAUGUUUCAAUUUUUCUUGUGUAUUGUGCAGGCCUCGUUGGCUCCUUUUUUUGAUCAUCAGUUUGCCUUACAGUGGUCUUUUCUCCAACUAACAUACCAUAUAACUUUGUUUAUCCUUUUCCUAGACUUUCAUAGGAAAUCGGGGAAGAAAAAGGGUUUACGGAAAUUGAAGCAAACGGAGUAG